UUUUUUUUUUUUUUUUUUUUCCGUCUCUCAGAGCCGGAGCAGGAAAACAAGGAGUCAAGAAAGGAAAAGAAAAAGAAACUGGAAAUUCGUUGGAAAUGGCGUUUCGGAGAAGAAAUAAGAGCUAUCCUUUCUUUAGCCAGGAGUUUUUAAUUCAGAACCAUGCCGACAUUGUGUUUAGUUUGGUCAUCUUCAUUUUAAUUGGCCUGAUGUUUGAGGCAACUGCAAAAACAGCCAUUCUCUUUAUCCAGCCACAGUACAACAUCAGCACGUUGACUGCAGAUGGAGAGCUGACUCUGUACCAUUACGGGUGGAAAGACUGCGCCACCGUCCUCUUCUAUCUCUUCAUCACCAUCAUCCUCCACGCUGUGGUUCAGGAGUACAUCCUGGAUAAAGUAAACAGGCGUCUUCACCUUUCAAAGAGCAAGAACACAAAGUUUAAUGAGUCCGGACAGCUGUGUGUGUUCUACCUCGUCUCCAGUUUGUGGAGUCUAUACGUUCUCGCUACUGAGGGAUACAUUCUGCACCCGAGCAGCCUGUGGGAGAACUACCCUCACGUCCACCUGAGGUUCCAGGUGAAGUUUUUCUAUCUGACCCAGUUGGCAUAUUGGCUCCAUGCUCUGCCCGAGCUCUACUUCCAGAAAGUGCGCAAGGAAGAGAUCCCUCGUCAGCUGCAGUAUAUCUGCCUGUACCUGUCUCACAUCCUGGCUGCGUACCUGUUAAAUCUGACGCGUGUAGGGUUGGUGUUACUCUUCCUGCAGUAUGUCUCUGAGACGGGAUUCCAUCUCUCCAGACUCAUCUACUUUAUCGACGAGACCCACCAUAAAAUGUUCGAUCUGUGGUCAGUGGGGUUUGUUUUGACCCGUAUGGUGUCUCUGACCCUGAUGUUCUUGUCCGUGGGUUUCGGUUUGGCGCGAUCAGAGAACCAGACACUCGACUGGGAGGCCGGAAACUUCAACACCCUCCCUAUUAGGCUCUUGGUGCUGUUCCUGGUGUGUUCUACACAGUCAUGGCUUCUGUGGAAGUUUUUCUGUUUCCAGUUGAGACGCACUCGUGAGUUCAGACUGGAGCAGGCGAGAAAGAGAGCAGCAGCGAAACAACAAACUUCACGCACAGUCAAACGUGACACAGCUGGUCACCAUGAGAACGGUGCGCUCAAGGUGGAGAACGGAACGUCACCUCGGCUGAAGAAGCUCAAAGCCCCUUAACCCCGCCCCUUUUAUAACCCCGCCCCAUUUUUGUAAGGGACAGAAACAGGAAACGGGUCACCUACUUCCUGUUCUGAUCUACAAUGGACUGAGGGUGCUACGACAUUCCAUAGAGGACGUGCCAUCCAAAAGUGUUGGCACCCUCAAAAAAACAAACAAAAAAAACCAACAACAUGUACCCUCUUUUUUUUUUUUUUUUUUUUUCUUUUGUACAUUAUUAUCAGUAUUUGUUACUUAAGUUUCAAAUAAGCAUUAUUGCGAUUUCUCUUUCUUCUGCCGCUUUGCAUCAAUCCGCAGCUUCUUGAUCUCUAUCAUCCAAAAGCCAUGUUUUCUUUUUUGUGUUUUCUGAAUCAGUACUGUAUCAGCCGGCCCUGGGGAACGUGAUCAAACAGGCCUACGGUGGCCUGGGAAGGACAUCCAGCGUGCAGGUCACCCACCAAGUGGGAAGGGUUUUUGGGGAGGAUUUUUUUUUAUUUUUAAAGGGAGAGGAGGGGGGGUUCUUGCAUGUCGUUGCUUUUUCUCAAUUAGAAAGUUAGAAAGAUAGAAAUCCUUGCCACGUUUAGAAUGAGCAUGUGCUAAUGUUAAGCUUCACGACCACGUCAUUUAUUAUGACAACAAAAGAUGACUGAUUGUUAGUUUUAUAGCAGUGGAGUGUCCACUAGUCUUUAAAACUUUGAUGAAACCGGUCUGGUGAAGAGAAUUAUGGGAUACGUACACAAACAAGCAAUGCUUCUUCUUAAAUUUGCACGAAAUAAGAAGGGCAGCGGCUUCCUGAAUGACUUCCUUAUAAACUGUAGCCCAAGUCAGAUCUGCCUUCUGAUUGAUUCGUAAUGUUUUCUCAGGAGCACAGACUCCACCCCUCACUGCCUGAACGAUGUUUACAGAAUAAAGCAGAACUCAAACAGUACAGCACAGAACAUUUCAUCUCCAAACAACCGACUCCAAAGCCAAACAGACACUCGUAGCUGUUUUCCACCAAAGUCCUGGGUUUAAACGCCGGUUCUCAGUGAAGUAAAUAAAUGAACAACAACAAAAACAAGUGUUGGAGAACGACAAAAUUUCAUUACCAUGACAACACCUUAAGUGUCUUAAAUUAUUUUCUCUCCUGUUCUUAAAACAAGAUGUGAGCAGUGCAGGAGAAUUUAAAGAAUAGUGUUUAAGAGAGAAAAAGAGAGAAAUUAAUGUUGCAAAUUGUGGUCUGAGGAGGAGUCAACUAUUUUAUUGCUAAUUCUGGCAAAAUGUCUUUUGAGCACCUGCGCACUUAGAAUAAAGCGAUGUAAAAAAAAAAAAAAAAAAAGUAUCUGUCGUCUCAUGUGUAAUCGUUGUUUACAUCUGUAUCAGUGUCUCUGUGCUGUGUGUAGACGCUGAAGGAUUCGAUAUUGGAUGUUAAAAUUUCCCAGUUGAUUAUUUUCCUAUAACACCACCACACGGGGGGUGUGAGAGGAUUUCACAAGGUGUUCUGUCCUCACACACCCCGCGUAGUGCUGCUGUAGGAAAAUAAUCAGCGGCAGGGUGGUGUGAUGAGGCACAGUCACUGGCAUCACCCCGAUCUUGAUUAAUUUCCUAUAACAGCACAUCCCUGAGGGGUUUUUUAAAAUUAUUUAUUAAAGGACAACAUGUCAUACUAUUUAUCCUUUUAUAUUUACACUGAUUGUUGUGGAACGUCCACAAAACAAGUUAGUUCCUGUUCACUCUGGGAUUAUGGCUCACCUGCUUCUCUUUUUUUUUUUUCUCUCUCUCUCUUGAAGUUAAAAAGACAAAAAAAUGCAGCUUGUCAUGUUACUGAGAAACCACAAAGCAUAAAUCCCUUGCUGGGUCUGAAAGCUUACUGACACUGGAGACUCCUUCCAUAAGUGUUAAAUAAUCAUAAAUGUUUAUAUGUAGCGUCCGCCGUACAAGUCCCUGUGAAUGAGUUGUUACUAUGGAAACGAUAAAGUAUUAGAACAAGAGCAUGAAUAUAAACCUGCGCUACUGUCAGAACCGCUGUUAUAGAAAAUUAAUCAACAGCUUGUGACCAAUCAGAAUCCAGAGGUCAACAGCGCUGUGGUGUAAUUAGGGAAUAAUUUGGCUCUUUGAUGCGAAUGCAGGUUGGUUCGUGUCGGUGGAAAAAGGGAAAUCACUGUCUUGGUAUUUGAAGUGUUUGAGUAAGAUCUGUGGCUUUGCUCUGGGAUAUUCCUCACAGUUCUGGCUGUUUGGGAAUCUGAGCUCUGAUAUCUGAAAUCUGAAAAAUUUCCAAUCACACGACAUCCAGACGACAUCCACGUCCACUCCUCCUGUUCACACACCCUACUGUUAGGACAUUUUUAUUAUGCAGUUGUGAGAAUGGAAAAAUUGUGAAUAAUGUGUUUCUUUGGUGCAUGUGACCUGGUUUUCACAAAUCAUGAUAAAUAAAUAUGUUCUUAUUUAA